AUGUCUUCGCCAUUGGAUAAUUAUGACUUGCCAGAUAUUGAUGAACAACUAUCAGACAGCGAGAGUGCUUAUGAAGGUAAUGCACAAGAGGCAAAAGGAUAUGAGAAGAACCCACUGAAAGAAUCAGGACCUCCAGAUGAUCAACCUUCAAGAACAGAAUCAUUACAUGAGCUAGAGAAACAAAUCACAAAGAACAAAGUGCCACAUCAUGAUGUUGUGAACCCAACAGGAGACAAUGCGCUAUUCCCAGAAGAGUAUCAAGUGGAAACAGACACUGGGUUGGUUAGAUCCACAACAGCGCUAUCUUUACAAAAAUCAAGAUCAAGACAACUUUCAAAUCAUAGUACAGAUCAUGAUAAAGCAGGUGGAAGCCCUGAUGAGAAUAAGGAUUUAGGUAAUGGCCUGACUAAAGAGAAGCUGGACAAGGCUGUUGAAAGGAAUAGACGGGCGCUAGCGAAACAGAAAAAUGGGAAAGGAUUCUUCCAUAAGCUCAAGGGAAUAUUCACAUGA